ACAGAAAAAGAAGAAUCAGCAGAACAAAGAGAAAAUCCAAAAGAUCCCCCAGAAAAUGGCAGUAAAGGAGAGUUGUUGGGGGCUGCCAAGAAGCUUCCCCCUGGCAAGAGACAGCUGAAGAAACAGGAGUCAACGUUUUUUGGAAGGAACAGUAUGAUGUUAGGGGACACUAAAGUACCUCUCUACAAGCAACUACAUCUCUCUUGGACCAGACCGCCUUCUAACUGUCUGGUAAUAAAGAAAUAUCAUGAUUCUGCUGUACUCAAAAAGUUCAAGAUGAUGUGCAUCUGGCUCAUAACGGUUAGAGGACUGGAUGUUUAUGUUGAAGAGAAGGAUUUUGAAGAGUUACAGACGAUAAAAGCUGGUGACCUUCCCAGAUCUUCCAGCUACGAUAACUUCCAGUCGAUUAGUACAAAAAACUUGGAUACAGAAUUUGUAGGACUUAUCGAGAAGAUUAAAGUUUGGAAAAUUGGUAAAGAUAUGUUGAACGACAAAAUAGACUUCAUAGCUUGCUUGGGUGGUGACGGAACGUUACUCUACGCCUCUUCACUCUUUCAACGCAGCGUUCCCCCCAUCAUCGCCUUCAGUCUGGGAUCCCUGGGAUUUCUCACCCCCUUCGACUUCAAGGAGUUCCCAACCAUUCUUAAUAAAGUUCUCAAAGGAACGUUGGGAUUCACAUUGAGGAACAGACUGGAAUCUACUCUCUGGAACAAGGGAACUGGGGAAUCAGAUGAAGACAACGAGGAUCACAUCAUAGUUCCCGAGUCAAUUCAGGUAUUGAACGAGGUGGUGAUACACCGAGGAAUCUACUCCGGAGUUUGCAUGAUCGACAUUUACUGCGACGACUUCUUCGUAACCACAGUCAUCGGCGAUGGUGUUAUUGUAGCCACCCCGACCGGCAGCACCGCGUACGCAGCAGCAACUGGAGCCAGCAUUGUGGCACCCUCUGUUCCUUGCUCUAUUAUUACCCCCAUCUGUCCUCACUCCCUCUCCUUUAGACCAAUCAUGGUACCUCUUAACUGCAUCUUGAAGUGCAAGCUCAACAAUGAUGCGAGAGGAGAUGCUCUUAUCUCUUUCGACGGCAGACACAGACAAGACUUCACCAAAAAUCAUGUAGUUGAGAUGAGCGCCUCAGAGUACCCAUUACCAUGUAUAGACAAAGAGGGCUCAAUGCAGGACUGGUUUAACGGACUGCAAAACACAUUACAGUGGAACGGUCGGAGUGUAGCUCAGAAACCGCUGGAUAAGAAAUAAAGGACAGGGAAUUAUGGGUUUUGGAGGUUUUCGUACAACUUCCUUUGUCAGGAAAUAUUAAUUUAGAGCCCCCCCAGGGUUACUCUGCUGAUUAGCAAGACUCUUGCUGAGGUGUGUUAUCAUUUCAGUUUUGUAGGUGAAGUUAUUGCUUCCUGUUGAAGUAGAAUGUUGAUUUUAAAUUUAAAGUUUAUUUUGGACUAAUUAUAAAUCCUGUUUUUAACUUUGUGGGGUUAUCCUGACCAGUACACGUGCAUGUCAUUUGACGGGGCUACAUUGAAAUAGGCCCUUGCCAAUCAUUCUUUCCUUUCAACUUAUCACGAGAUAAAAUUACAAUAUCAUAAUUAAUCAGAUUAAAUAAUUCGUUUCAUAAUAUGUUUAUCUCUCUCAUAUUGUAAAACCUCAUAAAUAUUCAUAUUUCUAGGAAUGGAACUAUCGCGAUAUCAUUACCCGUAUUUUAUCACCCUUAUCAAAUUUAGAAUCGUCUAAUCUUUAAACAUUGUCUUAUCCUUAAAGAUAUUAGAAAAGAGAAAGCCUUUUGGAUAUAGUCAUACUUUUGACUUUGAAUUCCAAAUUAGAAUAUUAUGCGGGUGAUGAUACGCAAACCUCAGGUACCAAUUAAUAUUUAACAGUUUUAAAUUUGUAUAUUAAAGUAUGAGAAGUUUUAUUCAAUAUCUGUACGUAUUAUAGUAUCAAGUUAACCGUAUAAGACGAAGUUAUUAGACUAUGCUAUGCGUAAUUUGUGGAUUGUCAAGUUAAAGAUUAACUAUUAAUCACUUUUCAAUAAUUUCAUGUCAGACAAACAUUUGGAGUUGUAAAGUGUUGUUGCGAACAAUUAUGUAUCUUUGACUGUUGAUAAUUUGAAUCAUACCUCAAAGAAUUCUAUACA